GGACAUUUGGUCGUUUGGCAUAACUGCACUAGAGCUUGCUCAUGGUCAUGCCCCGUUUUCCAAAUAUCCACCUAUGAAGGUGCUGCUAAUGACCUUACAAAACGCUCCUCCUCGCCUUGACUAUGAGAGAGAUAAGAAGUUCUCAAAGUCGUUUAGAGAGUUAAUCGCAGCAUGUUUAGUAAAAGAUCCAAAAAAGCGUCCAACCUCAGCAAAGCUUCUGAAACACCCCUUCUUCAAACAUGCUCGGUCUACAGAUUAUCUCUCCCGUAAGAUUCUCCAUGGUCUUUUUCCACUUGGUGAUCGUUUCAAAAAGCUCAAGGAGGCAGAAGCUGAAUUGUUUAAAGGCAUAAAUGGUGACAAAGAACAGUUAUCUCAGCAUGAGUAUAUGAGAGGAAUCAGUGCUUGGAACUUUGAUCUGGAAGACUUGAGGAAGCAGGCAUCACUUGUAAGUAAGGUCGUGGUCUCAAGACAGGGCCGGUCCUGAAAUUUUCAUGGUCCAAUACGAAAUACAAAAUUGAGGCCCCUAGAUAAUGUAUAAAAAAAAUAUGUCGAUAAAAAACUCAAGUUUAUAAUAAAAAAAUUACAAUAUCCUCAAAACUAAAAAAAAAACUUAUCAGUUCUUAAAUAUAGAUCUUCUUGCAUUUUUUCUUGCAAAAUCAUCCAUCAAACUUUCAUAAUCAAGAUUCUUGAUCAUAUCCUUUUCAAUCGACAACAUAGCCAAACCAUUUAAUCUUUCAUGUUUGUCAUAAUUUUUUUUUUCCUUUUUUUUUUUGCCUUUCAAUCUACUCAUAUUUAAUAACAUAGAAUAUAUAAAAUAUAAUUAUCUUUGUAUGUUAGUGAUGUCCCAUAAUUUUCUUUACUUAUCAGUUUAUAUACACAUAACAAAUUGUCAAAUUGAUAUAUUUAUAAGUAAUAACAUUGAAAAAAAUAGGCCCUAAAAUUUUGACAAAAAUAGGAGGCCCCAUACAUUUGUAUUGAAUGUUUUCGUUCAAG